GAUGGCGCCGGGGGCACUUCCGGUGGGGGCGGCCAUGGGGAGCCAGGCCCGGGGCCAGGUCCUGCGGCUGUUCAAGGCCCUGCACCGGGCGCGGAGGGACGUGUUUGCCGACGACGCCGUCGCCCUGCGAGCCGCAAGACUGAAGAUCAAUGAGGAAUUCCGAAACCACCGAGGCGAGACGUCCCCCGAGAAGAUCCAGCAGCUGGUGGCGACGGGCCGGGAGGUGGAGACGCUGCUGAGGAGGUCGGUAGUCCAAGUGGUCCACAGCGGCACGGGCAUCCUCCGCCUGGUCCCCAGGAAGGAUCUGCUCGUCGAAAACGUUCCCUUCUGCGACGCUCCCGACGGGAGGCCCCGUCCCGCCCGGAAACCCUGAUCCCGCCCGGAAGGCCCGAUCCCUUCCGGGAACUCCGAUCUCGCCCGGAAGCGCUCAUCCCGCCCGGAAACUCGCAUCUCACCCCGUCCCGCCCGGAAGGCCUCAUCCCGCCCGGAAACUCCGCUCCCGCCCGGAAGUCCCGAUCCCUUCCGGGAACUCCGAUCUCGCCCGGAAGUUCUCAUCUCGCCCUGACGCCCCGAUCCUUCCCGGAUAUUCCGAUCUCUCCCGGAAGCCGUCACCCUGCCCGGAAACUCUGAUCCCGCCCGGAAGUCCCGAUCCCUUCCGGGAACUCCGAUCUCGCCCGGAAGUUCUCAUCUCGCCCUGAAGCCGCGAUCCUUCCCGGAUAUUCCGAUCUCUCCCGGAAGCCGUCACCCUGCCCGGAAACUCCGAUCCCACCCAAAAGUCCCGAUCCCUCCCGGAGAUUCCCAUCUCUCCGGGAAGCUCGGAAGCCGUCUUCCCACCCGGAAAGACCCAUCCCUCCUGGAAACUCUGAUUUUUGCCCGGAAGUGCCGAUUCCACCCGGAAAUUCCGCUCCCACCCAAAAGUCCCAUCCCUCCCGGAAACUCUGAUCCCACCAAAAGUCCCGAUCCCACU